AUGUAAGAAAAUGAUCUUUCAGCAAAGCGAAGGUUCAACAGUCCACAACCUUUGGUUCUUCCAUUAAUCCAUUAAAUACAUUAAACUUUCUGAAGAUCUAAAAAGUUAUAUGCAAACGUUGACAUGAUAUCCGUUCUUGUAUGUUGCACAAAACAAUGGAUGCUCUGAAUUUGACUUUAAUCCUCACAUUUUGCAUCAUUGCUGCCCUCUCACAAGCAACGCAUCAUCUAGCCAUCAAAUCUUCGAAGCUUAACCAAACCCAGCAGCAGUUGCAGCUCGACGAGGGUUGUAGUUACGUUGCCACCAUAAAGACAAGUUGCAGUUCUACUUUCUACGCGAGAGGUGAAAUCGAUCUUAUAUUUGGUGACGCUUAUGGCAAUCAGGUUUAUGUUCCAGAACUGCCUGGUCAUUUUGAUGAUUGUUCUACGAAUUCAUAUGAUGUGAUACAGCACGGUGCAUGUACACACCAAAUCUGCCAUCUACAGCUAUACUGGACUGGAGAUUCUGAUUUGAUACUGGAGACAGUGAGCAUAUAUAACCACCUCGACGACCCUGUUACAUUUUACUACCACACUGUUAUUCCUCCGGCGGGUGGUCCCUAUGGCUUUGAUGAUUGUCAUGAUUAUUAGUACAUCAUUCGUUAAUAUUUCUGGAAGGGCAUUGUCUUUUAUAAUUCAAUUAUG